CUGCCAGGCUCCUGGGACUGGGCACAUGUCCUUGACCUUGGCUCCACGUGGGAGCUGGUCACGGGAUUGGAUCCAGGGCUGGGCCUGGCCGUGGCCCAGCUGGGGUCACCUUGGGAUAAGGCAUCUCCUACUUCCCUCUCCUGCAAUCCUCCUCCUCCACCUUUUCAACUUCAACACCAGUCUGGUACUGCAUGUCCUCCCCAUGGCUGGCCACCGACAUUCCUAAAUGACCCCUCAGCAUCUCCCUUCAUUUAGGAGUGCCAUGGGAAUUCCCACUCUUUUAGCUUCCCAGUAAGUCCCAGCAAUCCCAAAACACCCUGGGUAACAGCAGGAAAUCCCCCACCCCAUCACCCUGCUCCCAGCUUCCCCAAAUUUUCCAAAACCCUGCUGAGAUGGGGUGACUGGAGUCCAGUCCCCGCUUCCCAGUAUCCUGGGUCCCCAGGUGUUCAGCUGGAUCCCACAUCUCCUGGCAUACCCCACCUCCCACCCAUGGAAAUCCCAGCCUUACCCCUAACCUGAUAUUCCUGAGGGGUCCUGGGGUGAUCCUGCUGCAUGUGCUGGAAGAUGCUCAGGAUGUGGAGCUGCAGGUAACAUUGACUCCAAAACACAGGGAGAAGAGGGGAGCUCCUGGCUCUUCAUCAUCCCACAGAUGUCCCACAGCUUGGGAUACCCCGAGUCCCCCCACACCAUCACCCCAAAUCCACAGCCUGGAGGCACAAACGAGCAGCAGAUCAUGACCACUCCACCGGAGUGGGAGCACCAGAUUCACGAGGCUCCUGUGCCCUGGAGGGUCUCUGGGGUCACCAAAACCCCAUUUCCUCUCCGCUGGGGCAGGAUGGAGCCACCCCAUCACCCUCCUCCACCCUGCAGCAGAGUCGGCUUCCUGCCCUCUGCCAGUGUCACUUCUCCCUGACAGAGCUGCUGGAGCGCGGGGCCACGGCCAAGCCAUGUCCUCAAACUGCUGAGAGAGGGACCCCCUGAAUCCCAGAUCCCUGAAUUCCAUGGGGCUGCCCAGCUGAUAGGAUGGGGGGGCUCUGCCUGCUCUUGGUGGCUCUGUCCGCUGCAGCACCUGCACGAGAAACGACAGAACCUCUCAGUACUCCAACCGGGAACACCUCAGUGACACCGCGUCCCAGAGGACUCCGGCUGGCGGGCGGCCGGAGCCGCUGUGAGGGCCGGGUGGAGCUGGAGCAGGAGGGGACGUGGGGGACGGUGUGCGACGAUGGCUGGGACAUUCCCGACGCCGACGUCGUGUGCCGCCAACUCCAGUGCGGCCACGCCGUGAGAGCCCCUGGCAACGCUGCCUUCGGCCGCGGGCACGGCCCCAUCCUCCGGGAUGAGGUGGGAUGUGAAGGACACGAGCGGGAUCUCUGGGAAUGUCCGGCCGAGCUGGAGCACGACUGCAGCCACAAGGAGGACGCCGGCGUGGUUUGCUCAGAACACCAGGAGUGGCGGCUCUCCGGAGGGCGGGAUGGAUGUGCCGGCAGGGUGGAGGUGUUUUUCCGUGGCACAUGGAGCACGGUGUGUAACAGCACCUGGUAUGAGACAGAGGCCACGGUGCUGUGCCGGACGCUGGGGUGCGGGGAUGCGCUCCAGCGGCCUUCCUUUGGACACACGCUUCCCGGGAAGAUGGUGUACCUGUGUGAAAGCCUGCAGCCCUCACUGGCACAAUGCCGUUGGACCUUCAACAAAUCCGCUCCAUGUUACCAAUCCUGGGCUGCCGGGGUCAUCUGCAAUGGCUCCCAGGGUUUGGAGAUGCCAACGACCAUGGCUGAGGUGACGCCCAGGAAUGUCACUGUCCUGCACGCCGAGGAGGGGACCCCAGCCUUGGGGACACCACCGCAGGACAGUCCCCUCUUUGUCCUGUGCCUGGUGCUGGCGGCGCUGCUCCUGCUCUCCGUGCUGGCCUUCUCCGCCGCCCUGCUGAGGCUGAGGAAGAGGAGUGCCAUGUCCUCCUUGGGAAUACCCUCACCAGUCCAGGUGACCCACAGCUUCCAGAGGACUGACGCACCCUCUGGGAUCCCCAACGACUACAGGGAGACUCCCAACAGCCUUCCCAAAGGGUCAGACCCUCUGGUCACAGGCAUUUCCAAGGAUUCUGAUUCCGACUCGGAAUAUUAUGAGUUCAGCAGCAAGCCUCCCGUCGCCCUGUCCACCUUCUACAACUCCCUGCGCCGGCAUUCCAGGGAGGAUCUUCUCCCUCUGAGACCCAGUCAGGACAGGAUGGAGCCAUUCCCUGGGGAAGGUAUGACAAAAGGGGGACGCCAGCCAGGCCGGGCCCCCCCACGCCACGAGUCCUCCAGCUCAUCCACAUCCUCAUCCAUGGAGCCCUAUUGGAAUGGCAGCAUUCCCCCCGCUGCCCACGACAGCCAGUGGCAACCAGCAGCCCCCAGCCAUGGCUACAGCACAGUUCCCCCGGCAGCGCCCGCCCCAGUGCCCUCCCAGCCCUGGGUACCUGCAGCUCCGGCAGAUCCCGAUCCCGACGGCAGCUCCAGCACCUCCUCGGGGGAGUGGUACGAGAACGUGCAGGAGACCCCUGGAGACCCCUCUUCACAUCCUGGCUGGUCAGAUCCAUCCUGUCCCUCGGAGGAGCAUGUGGAGGAUCCUGACUUUUCCGAGGGCAGCGACUACGACGACAUCCACAGCUCUGCCUACUGA